AUGGGCGCCGUUGUAUCCUGCAUCAAGUCCAUCUUUCGCACAAUUGGCAACUGCAUCAUGGCCAUUGUGAACGCCAUUGCCGCCGGUCUCAAGGCUGUCAUCAACGCCAUCGUCUCCCUCUUCGGCAUCAUCAUCAGCUGCCUGACGUGCGGUCGUGGCGGCGGCGGCAGAAGGACUAGAACUACCCAUACGAGUAGAGUCUAG